AUGGUGCAGCGGUUUAAGGAUGCUUAUCGGGAGGGCACCGUGAUUCCCGUGGACGCUGCUUACGCAGCGUUGACGGCCGACGUCAUUUCUCACAACUGCUACGGGCAGAGUUUUAAUUAUCUGGAUCAGAAAGACUACGUGAAUGGCCUACGGCAAGCUGUUGAUGGAAACGCCUUACUGGUUCACUUGUAUCGGUUCUUUCCCCCUUUGAUGAAAGCAGUUGCGGUCAUUGCCGCAUACCUUCCCAGGAGCCUUACCCCACGCGCAGCUGACCUAUUCAUGAUGAAACGGAUAAUCCGCGAGAAGUCGAUAGAGGCACUGGAACAUGAUGGACGAAAGAGCUCUCAGACAAUAUUCGACGCUCUGAGCGAUCCAGCAAUUCCGGAAGCAGAGCGGAGCCUCCAGCGUCUAGAGGACGAAGCAUUGCUUGUGCUGGGUGCAGGAACCGAGACAACAGCACGUGUCAUGAGUGUGGGCCUCUUCUACCUUCUAAGUAACAAGACUCUAUUUUACAGGCUGAGGGCUGAACUCAAACCGCUGAUGCCAACUCCUGACGCACGACCAACCUGGAAUCAGCUGGAAGAGCUACCGUACUUAACUUCGGUUAUCAACGAGGCGCUCCGUCUCACCCACGUCAUACCCUGUCGCCUUCCUCGUAUAGCGCCCAAGGAAGAUCUACAGUUCAAUGGUUACACCAUUCCAGCGGGGACUCCUGUCAGCCAGUCCAUUUGCGACGUGCACCUCGACCCAUAUGUUUUCCCCAAUCCGCAUAAGUUUGAGCCGGACCGAUGGAUUGAGGCUGCAGCAAAAGCUGAACGGCUGGACAGGUACCUUGUGCCGUUUUCCAGAGGGACAAGACAGUGCAUGGGCCUUAAUCUGGCCUACUCUGAAAUGUAUCUGACAUUUGCUGUGGUUGUUCGCUGGUUUGAUUUGGAGCUGCACGAAACCUCUUAUGAGAAUAUCCGUCUAGUACGCGAGCUGAUCAUGGGUUUGCCAGAAGCAAACACGAUUUCGGUCAAAGUCAAAGUAGUUGGCCUAGUGACGGAAUAA